GGUGGGAGGGAGGAAAAACAGCGCGAAACCACGGACGAGGCUCCACAUCCAGGGAACCCACAGCAGCAUAGCCGCGCAAUCUGCCUCCAUCCUCCCUCUGAUGGCCGACACAAAGGAAAAAAAGGAGGAGCAUGAGACUUCUGUUGAAAACACAGAAGAACCCAAUCACGAUCCUCACUUUGAACCCAUUGUUUCACUGCCGGAGCAGGAGAUUAAGACACUGGAGGAGGAUGAGCAAGAGCUGUUUAAAAUGAGAGCCAAGUUGUUUCGGUUUGCUUCUGAAAAUGACCCACCAGAGUGGAAAGAAAGAGGCACUGGUGAUGUUAAACUCCUCAGACACAAGGAGAAAGGAACAGUCCGCCUUUUGAUGAGGAGAGACAAGACGCUUAAAAUCUGUGCUAAUCAUUAUGUUACGCCUUUGAUGGAACUGAAACCAAAUGCUGGAAGUGACCGGGCAUGGGUCUGGAAUACAUACGCAGAUUAUGCAGAUGAAGCUCCGAAACCUGAGCUGCUGGCUAUUCGGUUUUUAAAUGCAGAAAAUGCCCAGAAAUUCAAAGCAAAGUUUGAAGAAUGUAGACAUGAAGUACAAGAGAAGGAACCAAAAGAAGACUUGACCGAAAACGACUGUGCUGACAAAGUGGCAGAAAAACUAGAAGAACUGUCUGUAAAGGAGGAGAGCAAGGUUCAAAACAAAGAGGAGGACAUCAAGCAAGAAAAAACAGGAGACCAGCAAUAAGUCAUUUAGAGUCUUGUACUUUUAUUUUUUACAAGGGACUUUAUAACUAAGGAAAAAGAACUGAGUUUAAAUAUUCAAGUUGUUUUUUCUAAGCUUUUGCCCUUCAGAAGAAUUCUUCAGAAACGAAUCCAUUCCCCGGUCAUGAAAAUGUACUGUGUUCACUUUCUUUUUCCAUAGUGGAAACACUUAUUUAUAGUCAUCCAAAGUAACAAAUAAAACCAAUUUGAAAAUGUGUAUUUAAGUUGGGAUUGGAAUCUAUAAUGGUUAAGCAUACAAGCGUUCUAUCUCAGCUAGGGACAUUUGAUAGGUGUAACCCUUUACAGGUGGAGAUAUAACGCACCUCGGUAUUGCAUUUCUUCAGAGAGGUGUUUCAGUUGGAAGGAUUGAAUGGGUUAUAGAUUUAAAAAAAAAAAAAAAAAAAAAUUCUUGUUUUGACCCGGCUAGGAUGGCGCUGUUUCAUUGAAUAAAUUUGAGCUGAGACUGAAUACAUCUGGUGGCUAUUCAUAAGUGGCAUUUCUUUAAUGUGGACGCGUUAGAUUAUAUUUUCAUUUGUUCCCAGAGAGUGUUUUUCUCUUGGUGCUAGAUCACCAAAGAACUUAGUCUUGUGUCAUUGGCUUUUUUCCCGUUGAUGGAAAGAAAAUCCUAUUCUAACUUACAAGCUAAACCUACUUUUCAGUGUCUGUAAUACUAAUCUAACUCAGAAUGUACUUUAAGAGCAUGCUUGAUAUAUGAAACUCAAGUCUUAUAGGCACAGCUUCAAUUUAAACAAUAUCUUAAGAGUUGUGUUUGGAAAAGUUGCCUUUUUAGUAUAUUUUACAUUUCAGCUUUGUUUUCCAGCAGCGCCUAAACUUUGUUUUUUAAAGUGAGAGUUGCCUCUAAAGUUCAAUAUAUAUAUAUUUUUUUUUUUUAUGUUGGUAGUGGUUCUAACAAUUACCUGUAACACACUUGGCGAUUAGCUGGAAUGACUGUUUACGGCUGAAGAACGCUUACCACUGUACUUGAAUUCUCAGUUUUUCUUGCUGACUGAAGUUUAUUGCAUUGGUCCUGCACUUCUAACACAUGGAUUUACCAGCUUGGAUGAAGAAUAUAGAAUUUAAGUCAACACACUUCUGUUCAGAGCCAUGUUUUGUUUAGCUCAUAGGACAGCUGAGAGACUAGUGUUCCUCACAGCAUAUGUAUUAACCAACACGCGAACAAGAAAAUUGUUGGUGUUACAAUGAUGUGGUGGUAAUACAGUAUAGGUUGUUUUUUUUUUUGGGGGGGGGGGGAUUGAUAAUAAAGUACUACAGUCGUUUUUGGCAAAAUUAAUUACAUGCAAUUCUGUUGUAAAUAAAACUCAAAAAUAAGUUUGUUAAUUCUUAUAGUUACAUCAAUAGUUUCAUGAACAAAUCAAUAAAGAUACGCCCACUGUUUCAAGAUA